UGUUACACCGCCUUUAGAAUCUUUUUUUCCCUUUAUUUUCUCGAAACCAAAAAGGAAUUGGAGAAAAUAAAACAAAACAAAUAAAUAUAAAAGUACAGAAAAGCCCCAAAUAUUUUACCAACCCUAAUUUCUCACUCCGAAACAAACGUUCCUCAACACUUUCCCUCCGCUCCUCUUCUACUUUUUUCCUCUCUAUCCAAAAUACAAACAACUGUUUCCCUCAAGUCCCUAUAUCUCUCUCUGUUGUAUUUUCUUGUUCUUUCGUUUAUUGACCGUCCGAUCUGGGGGUAUUGGUUCAGAUCUGCGACGAGGAUUGUCGAUUCCGACGUCACGCGCCGAGAUCUGUGUGCACGCGCCUAGAUCAUUAUGGUUGUGAAUGGUAGGCCGAUGAAGAGGUUGAAGACGAGAGUAACGGCGGAUCUUAACGACUUCCUUACGUUCCCUAACGGCGAUGACGCCGUUAGUGGGCCGUUUAGGACGACGGUGAAGGCGUUUUUGUCGAAACACGCGCUGUUGCCACCGCCUUCUUCGCUGUUUCCGCACCUUCUGACGUGGCAGAUCGUCCUGCGUGUCGGUGAUCUCACUAACGGCGACGGUGACGGCGAUUCUUCUCCGUCAGUUGUUUGCCUUGAUGUUAUCGAAGAAGAUGUUGCUAGAUGUAGAUCCGUUUAUUGCGACCAGUGCCGAGUCGUUGGUUGGAGCAGUAAUCCAGUUUGUGCAAAGCGUUUCCACUUUGUUGUUAAGGCAGAUGGAAACUCAAUUGGUGGUUAUAACAAGUCCUGUCCUGGGUGCGGUGAAGCCCUUCACUUAUCCGAGUCUAGGUGUAAGUCAUGCAACCAUGUCAUGACCACAGAAGAUGUUGAAGAUUGGAUGUACCAUCAGUUAGAGGAUACCAGUCAUCUUCUGCAUGGUGUGAUCCAUGCCAAUGGCUAUGGACAUCUUCUCAGGGUAAACGGUAGAGAAGGUGGAUCCAGGGUGCUUUCUGGAAGUAAUAUAAUGAAUUUCUGGGAUAGGCUUUGUAAAGUUCUUGGAGCAAGAAAAAUCAGCGUGAUGGAUGUUUCAAAGAAGUAUGGUUUGGAGUUACGUCUACUACAUGCCAUCACAAAGGGUCAUCCAUGGUAUGGUGAAUGGGGUUAUCAGUUUGGCGCUGGUAGUUUUGGUCUGACUCAAGAUUCUUACAAACAGGCUGUAGAGAACCUUUCUUCUCUGCCCUUGACCAUCUUUCUAUCUCAAGGGCGGAAGCCUCGCACGCGUCUGCAGGACUUGAUUUCAUUUUAUCAGUCCUUGUCAGAGCGUGAGCUUGUAAAUAUUAGAGACCUUUUUCUUUUCUUAACUAGUUCAAUCCGUGAUACCCCCAAAUCUGGCUUGGGAGCCAAUGAUGCUACUUUUAAGAAGCGUAAAAUUUGCGACUCCAAGGUCUUAUGUGCAUGGACCAGUAGUGAUAUUUUACGUGUUGAAGAAGCAAUGUUUAGAGUACUACGGGCCGUCUCUGGGUCCAAUUGGGUGAGCUGGCGUGCUCUUAGAGGUGCUGUUUGUAAAGCUGGUUCUCCUGAACUCCUCGAUUAUUGCCUAAAGGAACUUCAUGGAAAACAAGCAGCUGAUGGAAUGGUUGUCAAUGCUCGCAGCGUUUCUGGUUCUGCCUCUAUGGAGUACAAACUUGAGCGCGGCAACCCAAUGGUUAAUGUGAAUACAAAUGAGAAUAGAUUGCCUUGCUCACCGAACUUCCCAUCUGAGGAACAUCUGCGUCGAGAUCUGAAGUACUUGUACGAGUGCAUGCUAAACCCACAGACAAUGUCUAAUUAUGUUCCAUUAACCAGAAGGGAAGUUGCAGUUAACUCUGCUACAACUGUUCUUGAUUGCAAGCAAUUCAUGAAGGAAUAUCAACCUGAAAGAUUCUUGCCUAUCCCAAAAUCAGAUGCAAUCCAGGUGCUAUGUGAGGUGGACAUCAUGGAACAAUCUGAUGCACAUUCCCGAAACCCUCCUCCAGAAUUAUUGAUUCUCCCCUCGGAUGCUACCAUAUCUGACUUGAAGGCGCAGGCAUCAAGGACAUUUCAAGAUGUAUACUUGAUGUUUAGAAGAUUCCAAGCUGAUGAGCUAGUUGGAUAUGGUGGGGUGAAAGAAUCUACUCAGGUCAAACUCCUCUUAGGAUCUGCUGAAUUUGUGACGGUCAGAGGAAAGUUUCUGGGGAAAAACGGGCUGAGUAGAUAUAGAAUGGAAAGGGGACUGGAGAGAUGGACUGUAGAUUGCUACUGUGGAGCAAAGGAUGAUGAUGGGGAAAGGAUGUUGGCUUGUGAUGUGUGCGGUGUUUGGCAGCACACCAGAUGUGCCGGGAUCCCUGACUUGGAUGCUGUUCCUGCUAGGUUCAUUUGUCUUAGGUGCAGGUGUGUUAGUCACACUGCGAACACCAGCGAUAGUUGCAAGGAUGAAUCAGGUGCUGGUGUGGGACUAGGGAAGAGCCUGGCUCAUGCAGUCUGAAGUGAGCGUGGGGGUAUUAGUAAUGGUGUAUAUGCUUUUUUCCGUUGUUUUUCAGGUCUGAGAGACUAUGUACAUACAGGGCAGACCUCGGGAAGAAAUAUCAUCAGCGCACUCUGGCGAGUUUUCCCUUGCUCUUUACGAGUUCCAUGACUUAUCCUUGUUU